GUGGCAGUGGCAAUCGCUGAUAUCGUAACCUUGUUCGAUUAACGCGACGAUUAACGCGUUAUAUAUGUUAUUAAUAAUUCGCCGGGUGUUUUGAAACAAUCUCUUGUUUAAAUUACGUUACUGUGUACCGCGUCACGUGCAUCCAGUGUUAUCAAUAUCCUACCUCAUUGUUGGAGUAUUAUUUUGGUUGGAAGAAAAGUAAGGUUAAUUCUGACGAUGGGAAACGUUCACACCUGCGGCCCGAACGAAGCUCUCGUUGUAUCAGGAGGAUGCUGCGGCUCUAUGAGAAAGAGGACCAUCGUCGGCGGAUACGCGUUCACCUGGUGGUUCGUCACCGACGUACAGCGCUUGUCGCUGGAGGUGAUGACUCUGAACCCGGUGUGCGAGAGCGUAGAAACGGCGCAGGGGGUGCCGCUGACGGUCACUGGAGUGGCGCAGUGCAAAAUCAUGAAGGCCGACGAAUUGUUGCAUACUGCCAGUGAACAGUUUCUCGGAAAGAGCGUUCACGAGAUCAAGUCCACGAUCCUAUCCACCUUAGAGGGUCAUCUUCGAGCUAUACUGGGAACUCUCUCCGUGGAGGAAGUCUACAAGGAUCGAGAUCAAUUUGCGGCUCUCGUGCGAGAAGUCGCCGCGCCGGACGUCGGUCGCAUGGGCAUCGAGAUCCUCUCGUUUACGAUAAAGGAUGUCUACGAUGAGGUUCAAUAUUUAACAUCGCUCGGCAAAGCCCAGACGGCCGCUGUUAAAAGAGACGCUGAUGUAGGGGUCGCCGAGGCAAAUCGAGAUGCCGGUAUUAGGGAAGCGGAAUGCGAAAAGUCGGCGAUGGAUAUAAAAUACAAUACCGACACAAAGAUAGAGGACAACGCAAGACUCUACCAAUUGCAGAAGGCUCAUUUCGAUCAAGAAGUAAAUACAGCGAAAGCCGAGGCCCAGUUAGCUUACGAACUUCAAGCGGCAAAGAUAAAACAGCGAAUACGAAACGAGGAGAUACAGAUAGACGUUGUGGAGAGGCGCAAACAAAUCGAAGUCGAGGAACAGGAGAUCCGUCGAAAGGAGCAUGAGCUCCAGAGUACAGUGCGAUUACCAGCCGAAGCUGAAUUCUAUAAAAUGGGAAGAAUUGCCGAGGGAAAGAGAACUCAAACUGUGAACGCCGCGAAAGCCGAGGCUGAGAAGAUUCGAUUGAUCGGAGAGGCCGAGGCUCAUGCUCUAGAGGCCGUCGGUGUAUCAGAGGCCGAACGCAUGCGGAUGAAAGCCGCGAUUUACAAAAAGUACGGCGAAGCGGCGAUACUCAACAUCACUUUGAAUGCCUUGCCGAAGAUCGCAGCCGAGGUCGCGGCACCGUUAGCGAGAACGGAAGAAAUUGUGCUUCUCGGCGGGAGCGACGCGACCAGCGGAGAACUUACGCGUCUCGUUGGGCAAGUACCUCCAGCUGUACAAGCACUGACUGGUGUAGAUCUUUCCAAGGUGUUGGGGAAAAUACCAGGAGCAAAGUAAUAUGCUCAUGAGCGAUGUGAAUUCAAGAACGGCGACCACAGGCGAAUAAACUUGGGACAGAUUAAAAGAAAACUUGAAGAAAGGCAAAAUCUAUACUGCCAAAGGUUUCUCUGCUACUCUAUCAUCUAUCGACGACACCGACUCUCCGCUUUUUCCUCUUUCCCGACGUGUGCUCUACCUCAAGUCCGGUCGAAGCAACGCUGCACACGUCAGCGGGCACGCUUGUUUUAUCCCUUAUCGCGCAAAUAAAUCCAUUCAAGUUGCGUCGUACUCGCACGUUUCUUAUCUUAAACACGAUAUGUACGUGUGCAUCGAUAACGUUGCAUUUCCUUGGUGUGCGACCGAUGUACGCGUGAUUUAGAGAAUGGGCGCGUAACGAGCACGCUUGAAUUAUAAAUUGGUUACACAAAAAAUACACACACACACCCACACACACAAAACCGCGACAAUCCUUUAAAGGUUUCGAUAGAUUUUAUUGUUCUAAUUAUAAGUAUUGAUCGCUUUCUAAAUUUGCGAAAAGUAGCACUGCCCAUGGCCGUGCCUAAGAUAGAAACGAUUAUAAGAAUGUAAUGCAAUUGUGACCGCUUGCUAUUGGAAUGCAUAAAGUGACGCGAGACAUUUACACGAUGUAAAAGAUGUAUGACGUAUUUUAUUUUUUAUUUACCAAAAAGUAAAUGAAAGUAGGUAGUGGAAAAGAGGAGUAAAGGCUCUCAAUAAAUAAACAAUGUUCGCUCGUUCCCAUAGAUGUAAAUCUUUAUCAAGUAACAACGUUUACUGCGUAGCAGAAACUAUUCGCUCUUCCACACCAAGUAAAUUAGAAAAACGACAAAACGAGAAGACGGGAAAUUCAAGAAAGGAAAUCACUGACAUUGGAUGAAUUAUACGCGAGGAUCCUGAUUAACGAUACACAAAAUUGAUAACAAACAUACAUCAAAUGAGAAAUAAGCCUAAUAAAAUCACUGCCAAAACAAAAAAAUCCAUUCUGCUUCUCUUCCACACAACCGUGAAAUAUUUUCUAGAAUAUUUUUCGACAAAUUAUAACAAAUUUCUUGUUUCGAUACAUUUUAAGACAAGAUAUUUAAAUAAAUAUACACACGCACACACGCACGCAGACACAGACGUAUCUUGUCUUGAUUGUAAUUUGUAGUACACGCGAGAACGGGGACGAUUUUAGAGUAAAAUGCACGCGACAAAAAUCACUCGAGAGACAUUAAUUUCUCGUGUUCAACGUGUUCGAUACUUCUUGACGAAUAAAAAAUAAAUGUCCUAAAAUGAAUGUAAAAGUAUUCUACUUGAUUUAUUUCAGCCUAGAUAAAAACACGCGAAUAUAAACUUAUUAUUCCCUUUUCGAUUGUUCAACAAUUAUCGUGUUACAGUACAUUUGUUUUACUCUAAAGAACGAGCAAAUUGAGUUAUUCGGAAUGAGAUUUUUUCAAGUUUCGUAAGAAUAUUAUUUGUGCUAUCUCAACAAUCAGUUUAUGCAUUCCACUUGUCCCGUUAGAACACAAUACACAACUCAAUAGUCACUAGUUAAUCAAUACGGAAAUUCAAAGUUUAACUGUAAUCGAUAUGAUUAAGAGCGUUUCGAUAUCAUUGUGUUCAACAUAAUUAAGUGGUUUAACAAAAGGGAAAAUGAAGGAAUAGAUGUUUAACGCGAUUCAGGACGUGCGGUUUGCCGUUACCUGUAGUCGCUGUACAUAUUUAAAGUCACGUAUGUGAAUAAUAGUCGUGAAAAGAGUUUCUAUAUCGUCGUGAAACACAAAAAGAAGAGGAAAGUGCGCCACGCGAGCGCACGUUGAAGAGAAUGCUUGACCGUAUUACAUCGACGCGCGAUACAUAUUCUCGGUUGACCACGCAUCGGAAUUCACAGCAUUAAUGCGAAAAAACGGUAUUUUCCGACAAGCUGAACAAGUGCCAAUUUGUACGAUAUCGACUCACUAGUAGAGAAAACUGGAUGAUCUGAUCGAAAAGUUCGAUAUUAUUUUUCACAGUAAAUGCGUACUAUACUAUAUGUGUGAAUUAUAGAUAUAACACACACGCGCGCGCACGUAUUACCCCUCGUUCUUCAUUAGUCUUUUUAAUAUUUUAAUAGAAACGAUAGUUUGUGUUAAAUAAAAUGCUUUUUUAUAUGCCAUUUAUAGAUUUUAGUUUACAGUUACGUAAUGUUUCUCAGUUUGUGACUACUAAAGAGAUCUGGUAUUAAAGUUGUAUAUGUAUUAGUAUACAGCGAACAGAUUUAUCGUUUUUUAUUCACGUUGCUCAUCAUUUUAAAUAAAUAUUUAUAUGCAUUCGUUACGCAUUUAAUGACAACAUUUUAUUUAACGAAUAACAGCAUUUCACAAUUAAGGAUGUACAAUAUGUACACACACAUGUAAAUAAUAUUUCUCCAUUAAGUAUCUGCUGUUAUUGAGAGAAGGGAAAUCGGGUAGAUAUAUCAAAUCAUUAGACAGAAAAGUCUUCCCAAAAUGCUUAAUGCAGUAAAUCAGUACAAAAAGAAAAGUCAAAGUCUCUCCGCCCCGCCUCGCCCCGCCCCGCCCAGAAAUUAAUAAUAAUAAUAAUAAUGAUGACGAUGAUAAUAGAGAUGAAAUAACCAAUAAGAAAGUAUUUAGCGAUUGAAUGUAUAAACUUGAUAAAUUCUAUCAUCAUCCAGCAAAAAUUUUAUUCAAGAUACAUUGCCGGCUCUAAAAUAGCUGUUAUAAACUAGCUAAAAGAAAACGUUAAUCGAUAUCGUUUCUGAGGCGUCAAUUGAAUUAAAAAAUUCAAUAAUCUCAAAAAUGAAAGAAAUAUUAAUCUAUAUUUUUAAGAAUUUAGCACCUUUCUUUAGGCGCAAACCUUUCUCUAAUCCGAUGAGUAGUCAAUACGAGAAAGCGUACACAACACAAACACAUAUAUACAUAUUUAGAAUAGUUAAUAAUUCUCGACGAAAAAUCCGAUGUAAUCGGCUUAUAUUAUAAUCGAAGGUAAUCGACUGAUCAUCGUGCCAUAAUCAGAUUUUUGCGAGGCGUCCAAUUGUGUUUUUUUUUUCAAACGAUAAUGCGAACCACAUAAUAGUAUUCUCGUUUCUGUCGAUAGGAUAUCCCGAGGUAAAAUAUAUUCUUGAUAGAUGAUUAAGACGACGAGAUUUAUCGAUGUCUUUGAUCUAACAUUAAUUGAUUAAUAUACUAACAGUACUAACGUACUAACUUUGUUUACAUAUAUUUUAUCGAUGAGGUGUACACUUUCACUAAUAUACUCCUAUCUCGUUUUCCUCUUUCUCUCUUCUCUCUCUCAAAGAGAAAAUAACAAUCGUCAGAGGACGUUUCGCAUAUUACCCGUGCCCUUGUUCUAGCUAAUAUAAGAGAAAGAUCGUGUUCGUCGUUUGAACCUAGUUAAACGAAUUGCAUUUAUGCGAUGCGGACGAUGCAUCAUAAAGAGAAAAAAAUAUGUAUACACGCAGUUUCUCUCUAUUAGGCCACGUUGAGCUAUUUGUUUGGCACUCGUAUACUCGUGCGAAAAAUACGGAAAGAUCUGUGUUUAGAUGGUUUAGAUUUGCUAUGAUAUUAAUUUGAAAUCAAGUUACGAAAAAUCUUACGACGAUGCACAACGUGUUAUUCUGUAUUAUGUAUUCUACAUCUGAAAUUCAACGUACUCGAUUUCAACGUAUCGCUCAUCGCUUGUGUAAUAUUAAAUAUACGAUUGUGUGCUCGAUUUACUUUUCUACGUAUCCAGACACACAAGGGCGAUUCGAUUUUCUAUAAAAAAUCUAUAGUAUACUAUUUCAGCUAAUUCCAUUUUCUCCGUGAAUGACAAAUGUAUGAAUUUGUAACACAUACUUCUACUAUUUCUCUUUUUUUGCCUUCCCAAAAUCGAAGAGAAGGCGCAUUUUGUAAAAACUUGCAUCGCUCGUCUCUUAGUAGCAAGAGCGAUACAGGUUUUUGGCCAAUUAUCGUAGUAGAAUAUUAUAUUCAUCGCGUGCAUGAGAGAGUUUAACGUAAAAUGCAGGAUGUUUAUACAGCCAAUAUUUCGUUGUUUUUGCUGUUUUUUUUUUCGUGAAAGAAAAAGGAGAGGAUUGCAACGAGUAACAUUUUCCUUUCAACUUGGCUCGCAAUACAUAUGUAUACUAUUCAUGUUUUUCAAACGUAUUAAAAUUUCUCAAAGAAAUGUUGGUAUUAUACAAAAAUGAAAAGCACGUGUGUCGUGUGACGCAAGUAAACGUCUUUGUAUUCAACGUGUGUAAUCUUCCAACUAACAUAAAAACAUCAAGUGUGUGUGUGUGUGGUGUGAAUUGGUUAAGCGUAAAAUAAAAAGUGCGUGAAAAAUGGUGCGUUUCGUAAAAAGAGCACAAGUGGAAGAUGUAUUGGAAUUUGGGGCAAAUAGUUUGCAAUCGCCAAUUAUAUUGCAAUCCCACCACGUGUAAUAAAUUUCCUUUUUACGUGUAACUUGAUACUUGAUACACAUAAUUUUGCUACAUCCUGCAUAUUUAUAUUGAGCUCUAUGUUAUGCUUAUUCUCACGCCGCGCCGUGCCGCGCCGCAUUAAAUAUGUCGAGGGAUAAAAUUGUCAAAUUCGAUAUUCCACAUUAGAUAUUUAUAAAAGUUUGCGCUCUAGCUAAGAGCUUUUUGCCGCUUGUACCUUUAUAUAAUUUAAAUAGUUUAUCGUCUUCGAUAUACAAUGCAACACGCACGUUUCACACGAUUAAGGAUCUUUGCGAAUAAACUUUGAGAUAAACAUUCGCAGCGGCAGUUUUCACUGUUUUUUACCGUUUUUUGUUUUGAAGGCGAUUCUCGAGAGAUAACAUUUUUUUAAGGAAUUACAAAAUUAUAACGAUAUAUGUAUAGUUGUGCACUUGGACAUACGCUUCGCGUGUUAUCUCUCUCUCUCUCUCUCUCUCUCUCUAUUUCGCUCUCUUAUUUUUUAAAUUGGAGUCGAUCUUGUCUCAAGUGAUAUAUAUCCAUAGAUCCUUAAUUAAUACCAUUAAUACAACUGAUUGCAAAACUGCUCUGUAGCGCGUAGCCUGUGCACUCUAUGUAAAUUUGUUGUCGCGAAUGACACUGUGUUUCGUGUUAUUUAUGUUACAUCGCAAGCAAGUACGUACGAUUCUCCUCAAUUGAUAAAAAUCUCUGUAUCGUAAGCCGUAAUGCCGUAAGCCGUAAGCGUGGUGUGCCAUCGUUGAUGAUUCCUGAUGCAAAUUUCCGCGAGAGUUUGCAGCACAUUUACGAAUAACCGACCAAAAGAAUAAAAAUAUCUUUAUCCGUAGGAGUCAAGUCCAUGAGAUUCUAGUUAGAAAUUCAAAAUUAUACCAACAAAUGUCUCGAGAGGAAUGAACUUGAUAUCUUUUGUAAACGAUGAACACAGGAUAACGUACAUAGGUAUAUUUUGAAAGAAUUAUGUGUGCUAGAAGCGUCUCGAGGACAGCCUGCGUAGAUAGAGGACAAUAUUAUAAUAUAUUAUCGUGUCAUAUUCUACUCUAACUGAAAGUAAUGGCAUACACGAUGUGAAGUUACUGCAUAUUUUUAAUAAAUGGAUCGCAAAAUAUUCAUCACCCGCCGA